AUGGCGAGCGCAACCCACUCGGACGGAGGCAGAAAAAACACAAGCGGAGGAGAAACCACUUCCUAUGAUGACUUGAUCGAAUUAAGGAAAAGAAUCAUCCUCAAGGAGAAAGAACUUUUGCAAAAAAAAAAAUGGCCAGAAAAAGCAAGUGCGGAAAAUGGAGGGGAAGAAAUUACAGCGAAGGAGCAGAAGAAGCCGCAUCACCAGGAGGGAAAUAAGGGGAAGGUCACGUACAGGUCCUUUGACGAGUUUUACAGAUAUAAAAAACAUUUUGAGGAACACGAGGUGAAGGUGAGGAGGGAUGCGAUGAAGUCACUCCGAAAGUGCGGCGGGGGGGGCAAUGAGGUGAGCGGUUGCAAUGAAAGACGCCCUCCUAACGACGUAAGCGGCGGCAAUGAAAGACGCCCUCCUAACGACGUAAGCGGUGGCAAUGAAAGACGCCCUCCUAACGACGUAAGCGGUGGCAAUGAAAGAUGCCCUCCUAACGACGUACACGCUGCUAACCAGCAGGGAGACCGCGGCGAUCACCGUUACUCGUACAUCAAACUGAAAAUGGAGCGACAAGGCACCGUCAAACAGCUCAAGGAGUACUUCCAGAAGAUCCAGCAAGACCAAGUGCAGAAGAGGAAAAACGAGAUGCUUCUGAGGAGGGACAAGAAGGGGGCCACAGUCGUUGCUGAGAGAGGGAAGGAACGUGGAGCGAAUGGCGACGGAACCCUUUUGGAAAGAAUGGAAAACGAGAAGAGGUGCUACCCAUCUGAGCCUGACCUUGGCACGACGCUUCACCCCUACGCUGACGGGGUGAGCAGCCUCGAGGGGGAAGCCAAAAGGGAAGACCAAAUGGAGAAGGAAGUGGAAAAACAGAUGGAAAAACAGGUGGAAAAACAACUGGACAGCCAAAUGGACCGCCACGACAGCAAAGAAUUGGAACUUCUGCACACCCUGAUUAGCGAAAUGAAGAAAAGCUCCGACAAGGGGGAAGACUACAUCGCCAAUUUAGUCCAGGAUCUCCGCAAGUCCAAUAAGAGACACCUCGUACUGAAGAUUCUGCAAAUGCUCCAAUCCGUUGACAGUAGAAUAACCUCUGAGCAGGGGAAGAAGGCAUUGGAGCGGGAUGUGAGCCAAGUUGGAGAAGGAGACACAGACAAACAAGACGGGAAGGUGACCACGUGGGUCACCAUGGAGAGUAAUAAACACACAGGAAAGGCAGAAAAGAGAGCUUCCCCUGAGAGGGAAAAAACGGAUGGAGGCAAUCCUAAGGUGCUUCCAAAAGGGAGUUUCACGUGGAGCAGAGAUCAGAAAAACGACAAGGAGAAAAAAACUCCACCGAUCAGAAGUGGAAGUCCUAUCCAUGUAAAGAUAAAAAAAUACAACGAUGCGGUGGAGGCAGGAUAUUCCCAAAUGAGUCGUGCCCUGGAUGGCAAAGUAGAGGACAGGAGGGGAGACGGUAAUCUGCCCCGCACAGUGGAACGGAGAAAGGGCCCAACCAAGGGGGGGGAAACUAUGAACAAGGAAAACAGUGCUGCAGAGGGGGUAGUUCAACACGGGAAGGGCAACCAACUGUGUGUCACUUCGAGCAAUGGGAGGAGCGACCAAACGGGUGUCACUUCCGGUGGAGCGAACAGCCAGUCGGAACAUCCUAACGAUAACGUCGGCUCCCUCCGUCCGAAUGGCAGCACAGAAAAAAGUGAAGCUAACCACGCUGGGAAGUUCGAAUGGUUUUAUUCCACGAUGAAGGACUUAUAUAGUGAGGAUGGUGAGGUAGGCGGUGAGCCGGACGGUGGACUAAGCGCCGAGCCGGACGGUGGAAUAAGCGUCGAUCCAAACGAUUACUCAAGCGAGGGUAGCGAAAACAAUGACCUCUUCUUGUGGCUAGAAAACAGAGACGUUGAAAACGUUUUGAGUGCGAAGAAACGGAGUGACGAGGGGGAGACCAGCGAGGAGUCAGGACUUCUUCCCGUCUCAUGA